GGCCCCAGCGCACUUCCGCCGCGGGCGGGCUGGCUGGGGCCUAUGUACCAAUGGCUGCUGGGGGUCCUCGGCACCCUCUUCGCCGCCGCUGUCCGCCGCCCCGAGCCGUCCCCCGCCCCACCGCCGCUGCGCAAGAGGCCGCCCCCCAGCAUUUGGCCAUCUGUGGAAGAUCUUGACAAGAUUCUAGAAAAAAAGCCAAGAUCAGAUUAUGCCAUCUCUGAGUGUACGGAGAAGGUUGAAGACGUUUCUACUGAAGUGCAAUUGCCAGCCAAGGAAAGAAGUGGCUGGCAGAAAGUUUCAGUCAGCAAUGCUGCUCCAAUUAAAAAGUUUGCAGAGGAGACUUGGUCCACUUCUGACACUUCAGCUGAAGAACAAACAGGUUCUACAGCAGAAAUAGAAAUGCUACAAAUUGAUAAAAUGCCUUGUGAAACCAAUACUUGCUUGAAUAAGAAAACACUCUCCUUUUCUUACAAGACAGUUCCACGUCUCAGCAGAAGCAGGAAUGGCAAAUGUCACAUCAAACCUGCUCCAGAUGGCAUCUUAACACUGAGGCCACCCAUUAAGGAGUGCACUGUGCCAGAAUCCACGACACCAGAAGUCAACAAAAUGGGGAGAUUGCUGUGUACUGCUGAAGAGGAUGUUCAGCGAGAAGAAAAGAAGAAAUACAAACAAUUCUUGGAACUGGUUAAGGAAAAAUAUUGUGGAAGCUACCCGAAUCCACAGGCAACAAUCUUCCACAAUGUUCAAGCCUACUCCAAGGAACCAGUGAUGACUGAGAGUCAUCUGGAAGGACAGAAAUACAGAGGAGAUGGCUAUCCCUGUAGGACACUAACAACCAGUAUCAAACGUGCAGAUGUUUGCAACUCACAGUGGUCUCAGAGAAAUAAUAUGAUCAGGUACUACACACCAGCAGAAAACUCUCGUGAACAGGGAAGACCAGUGAAAAAAACCAUUGGAAAGAGAUGGUAUGAAGCUGGAGUCUCAGAAGAGGUGUUAUUCCAAUUACAUCUGGCACCUGUUCUGCCCAGAAAGUCAUCUGCCCUUCACGUGGGAGAAGAGAAACUCCCAAGCUCAGAAAAAGCAGAAUGCUUUUCUCCCCUCACAGAGGCUAUGGAGAGAGAGAUUGUUGCAGCACUUAACCAAGGGGAGCCAAAUGAAAUCAUGAGCAGUGCCUUCAAACUAAGGGUAACUCGUGAGGACAUCCACACGCUAAAGAGCCUUCACUGGCUAAAUGAUGAGGUCAUUAAUUUCUACAUGACUCUUCUGGUGGAAAGAAGUAAGAAGGAAGGAUAUCCAGCAGUCCAUGCUUUUAGCACUUUCUUUUAUUCCAAAUUAAUUUCUGGGGGCUACCGAGCAGUAAGAAGAUGGACCAAAGAUGUGGAUCUCUUCAAACAGGACCUUAUCUUAGUGCCCAUUCACUUGAAGGUGCACUGGGCACUAGCGGUUAUAGAUGUCAGAAAGAAGACCAUCAAAUACUUUGACUCAGCGGCACAAAGAGGGAACAAGAUUUGUGAAACUUUGUUCCGAUACCUGCAAGAAGAAAGCCAAGCAAAAAGAAAUCUGGAUCUGACGUUCUCAGAGUGGACACUUCACAGCAUGGAGUCACAUGAAAUCCCUCAACAACUGAAUGGAAGUGACUGUGGGGUUUUUGUGUGCAAAUACGCGGAUUAUAUCUCCAGAGACAAACCCAUCACCUUUACCCAGAAUCACAUGCCUUACUUCCGCAGGAAGAUGGUAUGGGAAAUAAUCCAUCAGCAGCUGCUGUGAGACAUGCACUAUUAGGAUAACACUGUGAUCACCUUGGGGUGACUGGCUCUUGGUUUAGUUACUUUAUUAAAUUCUAAUUUGUUCAGACAGAAGGCACACAGUUUUUCCUCUUUAAGCUAUGAAAUAGCGGUUAAACUCACCCCCCCACACACUCGAUUUUGGAGACAGUAACUCUCUUUGGAAGUGCAAGCCAGAAAGAUUGCUGUGACCUUGCCAAGGGAACGGUUGGGAACAAAUGCUGUGAACCUCUGUCAUUGAGAUGGAUGCUUGUACCUCAGAGCACACGUGGCCACAUUACGGACAUAUGGGACUCUCUGUGGUGGUGGUAACAGUUGUGUUAGGUGAACUUUAUCUUCCCAAGGACAAUGUGCUACCGUUUCUUCAAAGAGAGUUUUCUUCUGUUUCUGGAAUAUCUAUGAUCUACUUGAUUCCUAAAACUGGAUUUGUGAUGACCAUAGAAAGAAUCUACCAUGUUUUGAUUUGUAACAAAUCCAUAGUGAAGCCCCUGUAGUUGGGGUUAUUUUGUUUUGGGGGGUUUUUUGGUUGUGCUUUGGGGGUUUUUCCCUGUCUCCAGGGAGUUCUCUAAUGUGAAAAGAGAAGUAUUUAUUUCUUUUUAUUAAAAUAAGGCUCUUAUAUAAGUUACAUAUUUAUUGGAAUGAAAUUCUACCUGGCAAUGAAAGAGUGAUCUUUAUUUUUUUUUAAACUGAAGAAGGUUUUGAUGUAUCAAUGUGGGGUUUAGCUCAUGUACAGUCUGGGAGGAGAAGACUAGCAAGGAUGAGUAUCGCAGCACAAAAGUCUCUAAGUGAUUGUCACAAAAUCCUGAUGGGACAAUCAGGAUGUUGUUCAGCAGCAAGAUGAGCAAGCACAUCCUGGUAAUACCGAAGUCGGAGAUUCUGUUUGUGGUAAUUCAUGAGACUUCUCAGUAAAACUACCAAAGCCUUGGUGGACAUGGGCUGUCCAGUGCUGGAAUGUGUUUAUGGCUGGUACAAGGGUGUCUCCAUGCAGUAUUGCAGCAUACUGCUCUGGAAGUGGAAUAAAAUGCGCU